AUCAAAACACAUAGACCAUCAUUUUAAAACAUCGCAAGAAAAAUUAUUUAAAUCGAGUCAGUUAUUCGAAACUAGCGAAAAUACAAUAACCCAAAAACAUCAAAAAACAACUCAGCAAACUCUUUUUGAAAAAAAAGAUAUGCAAACGUCUUCGCAACAACUUGAUCAACAAAUUGACCACCACUGCCAUAUUAUUGACGGCCACAGAGCAGUAGAGCAGGUGCACCAAGACGAUUUGCAACUUGCGCAAGAGCACAGUGUUGUUGUACAGCAACAUGACGGUCCAAUCAUUGUUGUAUCCCAAGCAGUUCAGCAACAAAUGUUGCAACAACAACUGCAGCAGCAGCAGCAACAAACUGUUGAAGAGCAGUUUUCUAAAUUAGUGCAAUCCACAAAUACAGCCAUUACCACUACUGAGCAAAAACAAGAAACGUUUACUCAACAGAAUUUAAGUUUCGAACAACUUGAUAGUGGUCUCAAACAGACUUCUAUUAUACACGGGGAUGAAAUGUCUCGCCAUAUAGCCCUUGAUGACUAUCAAUUUUCAGCCUCCUCGUCUUCCGCUAUUUCGACGACUUCGUCUUCAUCGUCAACCAUUGGCGAUGGCGAUGAAGAUAGGGAAUGUGCUCAAGCCCUUGAACUUAUUCAUAGUGAUGACCUCGAACUUUUAGAGGUUGUUAAAACUCAUGCUACUCGUUACCAAGACGAAGAUUUUCAAGUUGCAGUGGGAACAAGCUUCACUUCGGCAACUGCCCUUAUGGCACCGAUUUUCGAAUUACCAUUGGUUGACAGAACAGUGAAGGUUGGCGAUGAUGUCACAUUUGUUUGUCGAGUGGUAGGUACGCCGAGACCAAAGAUCACCUGGCUGGUUGACGGUGUUGAAAUUGAACUCUCCCGCCGACGAGAGUCCUAUGAAAUCACAUACGAGGAAAACCGAUGUACUUUGGUUUUAACAAAAGUGGAAUCACGUGACGAAGGUGAAUAUGCCGUCAAAGCCGUCAAUGAAGCUGGGAGUUGCCUCACCACAGCUUGCCUCACUGUCAUUUCGCACAUAUCAACAACAACCGCUACCUCACAAGGUGACUUAGUUACUGUUGAGACUACGACAACAGGUAGGAAGGAGACAGUGAGCGAAGGGAGACUCCAGGAAUGGAUAUCAUCCGAAGAAGGCGGAGAAGUGAAGGAGCAUUUCACUGCUUUCGAAGUAAUUGAAGAACCUAAAAAAGAAUGCCUGGCUCCGUUCUUCGUCAAUAAAUUGCAAGCAAACGAGGUGCUUGUCGGGUCGAAAGUUCUGCUCGAAUGCGAAGUGUUUGGAUUACCGGUGCCUGAAAUUACUUGGUAUAAGAACGGAGUACCUCUAACUUCGACGGAGCACGUGACACAAUCAAAAUGCGGCGACAACAAGUGUUUGCUGACCUUUGACUGCGUCACUCCAGAUGACCAGGGCGAGUACAUGUGCAAGGCGCACAACCAGCAUGGCUUGGCGACCACAUGGGCCGAAUUGAUAGUUGAAAGUAAGAUGUCAGAUUUGUUGCUGUCAUCAUCUUCGUCAUCAUCAUCGGUGUUGUCUUCUUCAUCGACGACUAAAAUGAUCAAACCGUCUCAAGACGUGGUAGCGUCAACAAGAUCGUCGUUGUUGCUUAAAACUUCGCCGGCUUCAAAACUGGUUUUUGUGCCGUCGUCACCUCCGUCGUCAUCUGCAUCGUCAUCAAAUGUCAUGGCAAAUGAAAGCGCAGCCACCAUUUCAUUUUUAAAAGGACUUGCCCCGUCCAUCUCAAUAGGAAAAAAAUAAAUAGCUAAUUUUAAAAAAAAUUUGUUUCAGUUUCAAUAUUUUAGUAGUUUUUCUAAGCAAUUGCUUUUUUGAAAAAAAUCAGUGUAAUGUUUUUUCCUUGGCUUUUAAUUUUUUAAUUUUAUUGAAAACGCGUUUUUCGGUAGAUUGCAUAUUUUCUGUCAAGAUGAAUUGUUACGAUAAUAAUAGACUGGAAUUAGUGAUUGUGAAAUGGCUAGAGAUAGUUGGUGUCAAAUUAGAUAUUGUUGAUGUCAUUGUAGUAUUAAUCUACCUACUGUGAUGCCUAUUUUGAUGUUAUUGCUUAACUUUAAACUGUAAGGUACUUAGUUGCUAAUGUUUUGAAAUAUUAUCAAUCGGAACGUCAUUUCAAUGACACGUAUUUUAAUGAAUUUUUAAUAAUUUUAGUUUAGCCUACUUGCUAUGUUAUUCAAUCAUUCAUUUGUAAUUUGCUCACGACUGGCUACAAAGUUACAAUCAGUUUAAUAAUAACAAUAAUGUUUGGACUUUUGGGGCAACAAUUUCACCUGGAUUUGCUUAUUUUUUUUAGAUUUGAAAGGAUUUUUUUCCAUAAAUUUUUCAUAUCCUAUACUUUUUCAAUUAUUAAAUUUUUAUUAAUUAAUCAACGUUAGAUUUUAAAUAUUUUCGCUAAAGUUUUAAUAAAAUUGUUUUAUCAAAUUAUCAA